CGACGCUACAACAUAGCGACAGCGAACGAGGUCGCUAUCGUUUACGUCGGGGAUGAGGAGGAUAUACCAGGAAAUCGGCUCUUGGUGGUGCACGAAACCACGGGCAAUUUACGCGUUAUUAGUUAUCUCGACAAGUUGUGCGAUCCUCUGACUUAUCCGCUGCUGUUCCCGUCGGGAGGAGAAGGGUGGCAUCCUCUCUUGAAUAAGCACAAUGCCAAUCCGACUGGCCGGACCCGCCUAACUCAGAAGGAAUAUUACUCCUAUCUUCUGUUUACAAGAGAUACCUUCUUCAACCCCCUACACCACGCCGGAAAAUUAUUCCAGCAAUUUAUUGUCGAUAGUUGGUUGAAAAUCGAGAUGAACCGCAUCAACUACAUACGACAAAACCAACGUCAACUUCGGCUCGAUACCGUUCAAGGUCUAGAAGAUUACAUGCUGAGUGACAACGUCAACGACGGCCCGCCAGGCCGCCGAGUGAUUUUGGCUGCGUCGUUCACCGGCAGUCCUCGAUACAUGAUUGCUCAAUACCAGGAUGCAAUGAGCAUUGUUGCCAGAUACGGUAAACCCGAUUUAUUCAUAACGUUCACCUGCAACCCGAAGCGGCCCGAGAUCGAGAACAACCUCUGUCCGGGCCAACGCGCCUCGGAUAGACCCGAUCUGAUAGCCCGGGUGUUCAACUUAAAAGUGAAGAGCCUAUGCCAUGAGGUGAUUAAGAAACAGGUAUUCGGUUCCGUCGCGGCCUUCAUCUAUGUCAUCGAAUUCCAGAAGCGUGGGCUCCCGCACAUGCACAUGUUGCUCACUCUGGAAAAUGAUUUCAAGCUUCGUACAGGUGCCGAUGUCGAUUCAAUCAUAAGCGCGGAAUUUCCUGAUCCUCACGAAUCUCCUGUGCUCCACAAUAUCAUUUCUUCUUGCAUGAUCCAUCGUCCAUGUGGUAGAGCUAACCCAAGUUCUCCCUGUAUGGUCAAUGUGAUGUGCUCGAAGCAUUAUCCCAAAGCCUUUCGGAACGACACCUCGAUAUACACCACAGGCUAUCCGGAAUAUCGACGCCGACAGGACGGACGAAAGAUUGUUUGUCAAGGCCAGGAGAUGGACAACCGGUCUGUGGUACCUUACUUACCCUACCUCUCAUUGCUCUACAACGCUCACAUUAAUGUCGAGGUUUGCGCCCUCAUACAUGCUAUCAAAUACCUGUUCAAAUACGUAUAUAAAGGUCCUGAUAGAGCGCGGAUCCGUCUGAAUAGUGCCACCGAUCAAGGACCUCACGACGAAAUCAAUUCUUAGUGGGACACACGUUAUGUGUGCGCACCAGAAGCAGCGCAUCGGAUACUCGGCUUCUCUAUGAGUGAUCGAAGCGACUGUGUGAUGAGACUGCAGGUUCACCUCCCAGGUUUCGAAACCGUCCGGUUUGAGCCAGGCUCCGAAGGACAAGCACUCCAAGAUGCCGUGAAUAGGCUGUCAACCUUGACAGCUUUUUUCAAGGAGAACAAAAGGUGUCAAGACAUUGAGAAUGACCAAGGAACCUUUCCUGCCAACCUACUCGAUUCCCGCCGAUUUCGCUACAACGAGAUGCCCGAAAAGUACACUUUCAGACAUCAAUGUUGGCAUCCGCGUAAACGCGCAGGAGAUCGUACAAUCGGACGCAUGUACUUUGUGAGCCCGCAAGAUCACGAGCGUUUCGCUCUACGUCUUCUUCUGUUGUACGGCACUGGCUUCACAUCCUUCCUCGAUGUACGAACUGUCGGCGGCGUCCUUCACCCAACCUUCGUCGAAGCCGCCAGAGCCAAUGGUUAUUUGCAAGACGAUUCGUUCUUCAGAAGUAGCCUGCAAGAAGCUGCCGGUCUCAGCAUGCCUUCACAAUUGAGGGGGUUCUUCGUGGCCCUGAUAAUGUUUGCCGAACUCCAUCCACCUCGCUCGCUGGAGCUUUGGCACGAAUUCAAACUUCAUUUCAUGGAAGAUUAUCUUCAUGCAGGACUGACUGAACAAGUCGCGGAAUCAAAAGCCUUCUACGACAUAGCACAACGCUUAUCGGACUUCGGAAAAGAUUAUCGCCUAAGCCUCCCUUGUUAUUUCAUCGACGGUCCUGCUGGGAGCGGCAAAACUUUCGUUUACACAACCAUCUAUCACUUGGCGACAGCCAACGGUUUGACCGUCAUGAAUGUAGCUUGGACAGGAAUUGCUGCGAAUCUUCUGCCCGACGGUCGAACAGUAACUUCAACGUUCCGUUUGAAUGUCCACGACAACAGCAAGUCAUCCAACAUGAAACGUCAAUCGAAAGAAGCUCAGGCGCUCCGCUCCGUCGACAUCAUCAUCUGGGACGAAGCAGCGAUGGCCCCGAGAACAGCUCUCGAAUCUGUCGACCAAUUACUCCAGGACAUAAUGCAGAGCACGGAGGUGUUUGGAGGCAAGAUUCUGAUUCUCGGCGGAGACUUCCGCCAAAUUUUGCCCGUUGUAGAGAGAGGCUCACGUGCUCAGAUUGUGGAUGCUUGCUUGAAAAGCAGCCCUUUAUGGCGACUUUUCCAACCGUUCCAACUACGACAAAACAUGCGUGCCCGAGGUGACGACUUAUCCUUCCGUGAAUGGCUACUGGACAUAGGCGAUGGACGCUCACCCCCCGAUAUGCCGGUUCCAGUCGAUAUGCGAUGCCGAGGGAACUUGGCCGACGACAUCUUCGAGGGAAUUUCUGACCAGAAUCACGAUAUAGACUUCACUGAAGUUACCAUCCUCACUCCUCUCAAUGCGACAGCUCGCAAACUCAACGAAUACAUUCUCGAUAAACUUCCUGGCCUCAGAAGAACAUAUCUGAGCGAAGACGAGGCGAUGAUUGACGACCCCAGCGACGCCCUGAAUUUCCCUACUGAGUUCUUGAACCGACUUACUCCAACCACUCUCCCUCCACAUGAGCUUCAUCUAAAGGCUGGAAGUAUCGUCAUGCUGCUAAGGAAUUUGAAUGUGCGGAACGGUCUCUGCAAUGGUACGCGACUCAUCGUUACCGAACUUCACCAACGAAUAAUCGUUUGCAAAUUCGCCACAGGGCCGAAAAAGGACUCUUCUGUGAUUCUACCUCGCAUCGAUUGCUACCAUUCUCAUCAUACGCUGCCAUUCCGACUCCGCCGCAGACAAUUCCCAAUCCGCCUCAGUUUUUCUAUGACCAUUAACAAAUCACAGGGUCAAUCUUUCUCGCGGGUCGGGAUUGAUCUGAGCGACAUGAUUUUCUCUCACGGACAGCUUUAUGUUGCAUUGUCCCGAGCAAGAAGCCGCAGCGGCGUGGUCAUCUCCUCUCCGGAAAAUCGCAUGCGUAAUAUCGUCUACGAUGAAGUUUUCAAGUAA